CUGUCAAGUGUCAACUGCACCCAAACAUCCUUGUUUGUGAUGAAAAGAUCGAAAACGUGUGCUUAUGAAUUUACAUGUUUACAUUCACCAAAAAUCAAAAGUUACACCUCUAUACUUAUCACAUAUGUUUGAGUCACUUUCCAUAUAAAAUCCCAUAGUCUAUUAAUUAUCAGAGUAAGUGUGACAUUAGUUUCAAGAGAAAAAUAAAUGAUCAAAACCUGGUAGAGAGUCCUAGAAAUUCAAUGUUCUGAUUUCUUUCAUUCAUCUCUGCUGCCAUUUUGAUUUGCACAAUGAAGCUAAAAACUGGUCUACUUUUGUUUUUCAUUCUUUUGCUGGGGCAUGUUUGUUUCCAUGUGGAAUCAAACUGUCUGAAGGGGUGUGAUCUAGCUUUAGCUUCCUAUUAUAUCUUGCCUGGUGUUUUCAUCUUACAAAACAUAACAACCUUUAUGCAAUCAGAGAUUGUCUCAAGUAAUGAUGCCAUAACCAGCUACAACAAAGACAAAAUUCUCAAUGAUAUCAACAUCCAAUCCUUUCAAAGACUCAACAUUCCAUUUCCAUGUGACUGUAUUGGUGGUGAGUUUCUAGGGCAUGUAUUUGAGUACUCAGCUUCAAAAGGAGACACUUAUGAAACUAUUGCCAACCUCUACUAUGCAAAUUUGACAACAGUUGAUCUUUUGAAAAGGUUCAACAGCUAUGAUCCAAAAAACAUACCUGUUAAUGCCAAGGUUAAUGUCACUGUUAAUUGUUCUUGUGGGAACAGCCAGGUUUCAAAAGAUUAUGGCUUGUUUAUUACCUAUCCCAUUAGGCCUGGGGAUACACUGCAGGAUAUUGCAAACCAGAGUAGUCUUGAUGCAGGGUUGAUACAGAGUUUCAACCCAAGUGUCAAUUUCAGCAAAGAUAGUGGGAUAGCUUUCAUUCCUGGAAGAUAUAAAAAUGGAGUCUAUGUUCCCUUGUACCACAGAACCGCAGGUCUAGCUAGUGGUGCAGCUGUUGGUAUAUCUAUUGCAGGAACCUUCGUGCUUCUGUUACUAGCAUUUUGUAUGUAUGUUAGAUACCAGAAGAAGGAAGAAGAGAAAGCUAAAUUGCCAACAGAUAUUUCUAUGGCCCUUUCAACACAAGAUGGUAAUGCCUCUAGUAGUGCAGAAUAUGAAACUUCUGGAUCCAGUGGGCCAGGGACUGCUAGUGCUACAGGUCUUACUAGCAUUAUGGUGGCGAAAUCAAUGGAGUUCUCAUAUCAGGAACUAGCGAAGGCUACAAAUAACUUUAGCUUGGAUAAUAAAAUUGGUCAAGGUGGAUUUGGAGCUGUCUAUUAUGCAGAAUUGAGAGGCAAGAAAACAGCAAUUAAGAAGAUGGAUGUACAAGCAUCAACAGAAUUUCUUUGUGAGUUGAAGGUCUUAACACAUGUUCACCACUUGAAUCUGGUGCGCUUGAUUGGAUACUGCGUUGAGGGAUCUCUAUUCCUUGUUUAUGAACAUAUUGACAAUGGAAACUUAGGCCAAUAUUUGCAUGGUUCAGGUAAAGAACCAUUGCCAUGGUCUAGCCGAGUACAAAUAGCUCUAGAUGCAGCAAGAGGCCUUGAAUACAUUCAUGAGCACACUGUGCCUGUGUAUAUCCAUCGCGAUGUGAAAUCUGCAAACAUAUUGAUAGAUAAGAACUUGCGUGGAAAGGUUGCAGAUUUUGGCUUGACCAAGCUUAUUGAAGUUGGGAACUCCACACUACAAACUCGUCUGGUGGGAACAUUUGGAUACAUGCCCCCAGAAUAUGCUCAAUAUGGUGAUAUUUCUCCAAAAAUAGAUGUAUAUGCAUUUGGAGUUGUUCUUUUUGAACUUAUUUCUGCAAAGAAUGCUGUUCUGAAGACAGGUGAAUUAGUUGCUGAAUCAAAGGGCCUUGUAGCUUUGUUUGAAGAAGCACUUAAUAAGAGUGAUCCUUGUGAUGCUCUUCGCAAACUGGUGGAUCCUAGGCUUGGAGAAAACUAUCCAAUUGAUUCUGUUCUCAAGAUUGCACAACUAGGGAGAGCUUGUACAAGAGAUAAUCCACUGCUAAGACCAAGUAUGAGAUCUUUAGUUGUUGCUCUUAUGACCCUUUCAUCACUUACUGAGGAUUGUGAUGAUGAAUCUUCCUACGAAAGUCAAACUCUCAUAAAUUUACUGUCUGUGAGAUAAAGGUUCUCCAUGCAAAUGCAUGUUUGUUAUAUAUAUCUUGUAGUACAACUAAGCAGACAAAAAGUUUUGUACUUUGAAUGUAAAUCGAGUCAGGGUGUUUACAUUUUAUUACUCCAAUGUUUAAUUGCCAAAACCAUCAAAAAGUCCUAGGCCAGACUUCCUGUAAUUAUAUUUAGCAAAGUUGCAGAUUCUAAGUUCAGUUUUUUUA